AGCUAAGUCGAGUAGCUCGCGCUCGCGGCGCGGCUGGGAUGCAAGAAUGGAAGUCGAGACGGAUCAUGUUGACGACGAAAGUUUGUUGUGGAGAUUUUUGUAUCUCGGUAUUGAUAAAAGUGUGUACAGACCAAGUCAAUGCGAAAUAACAACUGAGGCAUCUAUAAUCGACAGAUUGAUACAAAGAGGAAGAGGUGAAGCUGUUGUAAAGUGGAUUAAAGACAGUAAAGAUAAAUGCUGCAAGUUCUAUCCGCUGGCCUACACACUGGCCAUUUGUGCAAAAUGCAACAUGUCAAACGUAAGACAGCAAGCACUGGAGGCCAUAAGAUAUGUUUGCAACACACCAUCACAGCUCUGCAUGUUUUUAUCAUACUGUGCAGAAAUAGAUGAAGUGGAAUGUGGAUGUUACCUAAGAAAUGGAAGCCAGAGACGAUACAAAAGAGUCGGAGGGAUUGCAAGACAAAUUAGAUUACGAAGUUGGCCAAGACAAUUUCGGAGAGGGAUUGCUCAGUGGUAUGUGUCUAAUCCACGAUAUCAGGAAGAUAUUAUGCUUUUAGCCAAGCAUGUCACCAAAUAUCAAUGUCGAAACAAAUUUACCCACAAAAGAAUCAUCAAGGCAUGUCAUCCAAAAGCUAGAAAUGAAGAAAUGAAUUAUAUUUUUUGUUAUAUUGUUAAAGGGCUUUCAAAAGCAAAUCAAAUAUUUCAAAAUGUGCUAACAAACGGGCAGAUUAAUGAUAGAAUAAAGGAAUAUUUCACGGACUUUGAAAGUUUAAAAAAUGUCCCCGAUUCUGACGUUGACUCUGUGGUGAAUGCAAUCAACAAGUGGGAUCUUUCAUGGGAACACAUUCCAGCAAAAUGGUUGAAACAUAGUAGGGUUUGGAAAACUCUGUUGAUGAGAGAAAUGCCAUUAAUGGCUUUAAUUAGAAAUCUGGGAAAAGCGGGAUCCAUGGAACUUCUUAUGCCAGGGAGUGAUGAAGAAAAUAGGGUUUGUGAAAGACUUACUAACAUUGAUAUUGUUAAUGGUAGCAAACUGCAUCCCAUAGAUAUCAUUUCAGCAUUAACUGGCUACAGAAGAGGGGAAGGAUGUAACGAAAGGACCUGGCCCAUUAAUGAGAGGAUUGUGAAGGCCCUCUACAAGGCAUACUUGAAUAAAUUAUCAGUACGUCCCUCAACAGAUAAAAGAUUGUUGCUUGCAAUUAAUAUCAAAAUGAAAUUUGAUAAAAAUGUUGUUGGAAAACGGUGGCUCACCUGCAAGCAAGCUGCUGCCGCCUUAGCUAUGAUGCUUACAGAAAAUGAAAGAGCUGCUGAAACUGUGACAUUUGGCCAUUUGGUGCGAAGAUUUGAUUUUCCAAGACAUGAUCAGGGUAUUGAAGAUGUUGAAACUGCAUUAGAAAGAAUUGCUUCUAUACGAGAGGAAGGAAAUGAACCUUUGUCAUUUAGUGCACCAUUCAUCUAUGCCACAGGAAGAGAAGAGCCAUUUGAUGCUAUCAUCUUGAUAACAGACAGAGUUCCUGGAUCAAAAGUCCAAGAAAUCCAGUCAGCUUUUUCUAAUUAUAAACAGCAUCAUCCUACAGCCAAAUGCAUAACAGUACACUUCAAACACAGUGAGACCACUGCAAACCCAACAGACAGUAGUAUGCUGGAUGUGAUGGGGGUGGAUGCUUACGCUGUUGAGAUUAUGCAAGAUUUUAUUUUAGGGUACCAUGAGGACAUGAGAAACAUCCUACAAGAUAUUGUAGAUUUAAGAAUUUGAAGGUGAAUAGUUUUGAAUCCCGCAAUUGAUUUUUAUGCCGUCAAGAACUAUAUUUUGAGACGAUUAGUUUUGAAUACUAUGAGUUUUGUAGAAUUUAAAAAUAUGAGAUAAAUUCAAUUUUAUUAGCUUUUGCUGGAUGACCUAUAGUUAUUUAUACAUUUUGAUAAACAAUUGUUUUAUGCACCUUUUUCUUCUAGAGCUCUCAUGAAAAAUUGUCAUUUGUUUCUUCCAUUGGGUUCAUUGUUAAUCAAUUAGGCAAUAUUUUUAUACGCCGGUCAUCAGACGGGACACAUUACGUCCGUCACUAUGGAUACAGGUAUUGCCCUGAAAUGUUGUCACAACCUUCCUCUCAGAGAAAUACAGAUUCAGUUUGUAUUUCAGCCGAGUUGGUGCAUCGUGACCUACUUGGGGCUAAAAGUAGGUGAAAUCGUUUCCUAGACUUUUUCUCGUUAGGGAUACAGACAUUGCACUGAAAUUUUGUCAUCACUGUCUGGUGGGCAUAUGAUGUACCAUUUGCAGUACUCUUGUUAGAUUAAGGUACACUUCCUGGUGAAGCCCUUUUAUCAUCGGGUUAUUUAUUUUAGAGCUUAGUUCUUUUCAGCACAAUUUAUGCAAUCAAAAUUUGUGACCGAGAGGUUGAAAAAAAGUUACAUAUCUGGUGUGUUAAUGCAUAAUUUUGAUAAUGAAUACAAAAAGCUCUGCCAUAAAACUUCCUUUUUAUCAAUUUAGUAUUCAAGGAUGAUUUAUCAUGGACAGUAAUUUUAUAGUUGAAAGUAAAAUAUAGAAAAAUUCAUCACCACAUAAUGAAUGACAUACUUUCAGAUGCGCAGAAAAGUAGCCUAGUAGACCUGUACUACUCUAGAUUUUAUUUAGAAGAGGCACGUCACAGAUAUACGCAUCAGAGUUUACGCAUCGAUAAAUUUUUCAAAAAGAAUGUUUGAUUCUUUUAAUUCCAAUUUGUUCCCUGUAUUAUCAAUUUCAAAUCUUUGAAUUGUUUUCCCGCACUAUGUUAUUUGUUUUCAGGCGCGUACAUGUAUACAUGGUGUUUUUGGAUUUAUUGAUAUGUAAAUUCUCAUUUAACUUUAUUUUUGUCCAAUCAAAACAAUUGUAAUAAAUAACAUUGGAAUUAUAAGCAGAUUAUUUUCAAAUUAUUGGUUUUAUUUUCAGAAUAUGACUGUUAUCUAAGUACAUGUACAUGCUUUAAUUACCAUUCCAGUCAAUUCGCAGCUCAUUCUACAGAGUUCUGUAUGCAAUAUGUUCUUUGAAGUGGGAGAAAUCUUUUCAGAAAGUUUUUUUUUAUUAUUGUACAUUUUAUUGCAGGAGAAUUAAAUUUUAUAAAUGGACAGUUCCAUAUGUACAUGUGUCUAUGUUGUACCUGAUUUCAGUAACCCAGGAAAUGUGUGCAGGUUAGCUGGUCAUCUGAUUUCUGUAUUUAGCACAAUGAAUGAUAUAGGGGUUUAAUAUCAUCUACAUGAAUUUAUAUAUGUAUUAACUUUUGAGACAGUAAUGAUUGUUUAAAAGCCAUGAAAACACCCAAGUAUUAAAUGUUUGGAAUGACGAGUUUUUGUGCCAUGUUUCAACAAUGUUAUCAGGUCUUCAGAGACAAUCCAAAUGUAUUUAGGAGGAAUGCUACACCAGAGAAAUUUGAUAUGGAUGAAAAGUGAAUAUGUACAACAAUAUUUUGAAAUUGAAAACUUUCAAAUUUUACUUUAUUUAGUCAAAAAAUGCAGUUUGAGUUGAAAGUAGUCUGGAAAAAUUUAAAACCCCUGUUGGAAUCAAACCUGCGACCUACAGUUCAGUAAUCAACGUGAUAACAUACUGAACUACUCAGUUAGGUAGUUGAUGUUUUACGGAAUUGACAAAUAUGGCUGAUAUUUAUAUUUUCAUUCAUGUUUUAAAAGGAAGACAGUCAUUAUGACAAUGUAGAGUUCCUCCUUAAAUUUUCUACACUAAGUACAAUAUCUGAUAGAAAAUCAUUAAAAAGGUUAUGUACAAUUACUGCUAUAGAUCUUUGAAUUAGUCUGUCUUUUAUAAAUUGGGUAUAUACUUUGUUUCUUUCAUUAGGCAUGAUAUUUUUCUCUUCCAGUUUAUAUCUUUGAUGUUUACAAUAUUUAUUAAUGAUAUGGCGUAGCUGUAACUGGCCUGUGUGUGGGUUGUGUGAGUGAGUAAACAGAGCCGUAAAUUACCUGGAGGCGGAGGAGGCAGCUGCCUCCUCCAACUUUUGAGCCAAAAAAAAUUUAAAGUUCAUUAGAAUUUAUGUUGUUUCCAAUAACUAAGAACAUGAUACCUCCCUUAAAAAGCAUUCCAAAUCUUUCUUUUAGAAUGAGUUAGUCAAGUAACAUCUUAGAAGGCCCUAGAAUCAAGGAUUUUGCACGAAACGUGUUCAGUGUGCACAAAAUGUGCUCAGCGUCUGGCGGCCCCCAGACCCCCCCCCCCCCCCCCCGCCUAAUUUCCUGCCUCCUCCAAAUUGAAGGUUAAUUUACGGCCCUGGUAAAACUGGUGUUGUACUUGACUAUAUGAAUGAAUUAUUUACAGUUUGUGAACAGUGUUGUUCAGCAUGCAGAACUGUGAUGAUAUAACAUGUUUACAUGUUCUAGAAUAACAGUAUGUGUAAAGCAUUGCAUGAUCCUAGAACAGAAAGUCCCUGACAGAAAUUAUGUCGCUGUACACAGACACAUCCUAUAGUUGUUUACCUAUGUUGGUAUAUUUUGUAACAGAAAGAUGGCUGUAUAUAUGAGAGGAAAUGCCUCCUCUGUUACAUCAAUGUGUUGAUAUUAUAAACAUUUCAAAUCUCUUGGUUACAAAUUCUGCAAUACCUAGGUAUUACUAAUUUAUAUGUGUUGGUCAAUUACAGUGUCGGAGUAUUUUUUGUAGACCAUAUGUAUAUAUGUAUAGAUAGUAAUUAUAUUGACAUGAUUAAAAAUGCAUUAUGUAAUUUUAUAGAAAAUAUUUACUGAAUAAAAAAAAGAGUAACUUUAA